UAACUCCUUUGUUUCCAAACUGUCUCGCCAAUACCAGCAGGCGGAUCGUGACCCAGAGGGCGCUUUCGAAGGUUCGCUUUACUGUAUUCCCUCUCUGGAAAUACCCUCUGUCGUUGCAAUAGCCGACUAUCGGUCCCCAGGAAGAUCCAAAACGGAAGUACCUAAGUUUCUGUAUUCAUGUCCUCAAACAUCACCAACGAGUUAUGGUACGACGUCCCUGACGCAUACGCUCAGCAGCCACCGAUCAUGAGUGCGUCAAAGGCCUCUCCUGGCUGUACCGGUUCGACAAACGAUGGCCGAAUCGCAAUCGACCUUGACUCGCACCUCACAAAAACCCUUGUCAGGCUUGUGCCGAAGAACGAACUGACACCCAUGGAAUGUCGACUCAGUCGACGAUUCACGGUUCAGAGAUCAUGGAAUAUUCAGCUCAACGUCGUCAUCCAGGUUGUUGGCAGCCGUGGCGACGUGCAGCCCUUCAUAGCGCUUGGGCAGGAGCUCCAGAAGUACGGCCAUCGCGUUCGGUUAGCUACCCAUCCAGCGUUUGAUAGUUUUGUCAGAGAUGCAAACCUAGAGUUCUACCCUAUCGGCGGCGACCCAAAGGAACUGAUGGCGUACAUGGUAAAAAACCCAGGCUUGAUCCCUUCAAUGAAAAGUCUUCGAGAGGGCGACAUACAGAAGAAACGGACUAUGAUUACCGAGAUCCUUGAUGGAUGCUGGAGAUCAUGUAUAGAACCUGAUCUGGAAUCACAGCAACCCUUUGUUGCUGACGCUAUCAUUGCAAAUCCACCCAGCUUUGCACACGUGCAUUGCGCGCAAGCCCUUGGAAUCCCGCUGCACCUCAUGUUUACAAUGCCAUGGACUAGCACAAGAGCAUUUCCGCAUCCCUUGGCGAACUUCAAGGUUGGGGAGAUUGAUCCUGAGUUGAUCAACUAUGCGUCAUAUGGGAUUGUAGAAUGGCUUACGUGGCAGGGUCUUGGGGAUAUCAUCAAUAAGUUCAGGCGUUCUCUGGACUUGGAAGCAGUACCGACUACAGAAGGACCAGUCCUUGCAGAAGCGCUGCACAUACCGUUCACAUACUGUUGGUCUCCAGCGCUCAUUCCUAAACCAGCGGAUUGGCCCUCACAUAUCGAUGUAUGCGGCUUUUUCUUUCGUGAUCCACCCCACUACACCCCACCUACAGAGAUUGCUCGGUUCCUCCAAGCUGGACCACCGCCUGUCUACAUUGGCUUUGGUAGCAUUGUUAUUGAUGAUCCAGCAAAAACAACCUGUACCAUCUUAGAAGCUGUCCGCGAAUGUGGAGUACGAGCGAUCAUCUCAAGAGGGUGGAGCAAUCUGGGCGAAGGUGUUCCUUCUGAGAGUCACGACGUCCUGUUCAUCGGCGACUGUCCACAUGAAUGGCUGUUUCAGCACGUCUCGGCUGUUGUUCAUCACGGAGGAGCAGGCACGGCUGCGUGCGGUAUGCGCAAUGCGUGUCCUACCGUCAUCGUGCCAUUCUUCGGUGACCAACCGUUCUGGGGCAAAAUGGUUGCAGCAGCUGGUGCAGGUCCAGACCCUAUCCCCUAUGAUACUUUGACCAGCCAGUCUCUUAGAGAAGGGAUAAUGUUUUGCCUGUUACCCGAAGCUAAGACAGCAGCUCGACGCAUAGCCGCACAAAUCUCCAACGAGGACGGCAUCAAGGCUGCAGUACUGUCCUUCCAUGCUAAUCUACCACUAGAAACGAUGCAAUGCAAUAUUAUACCUCAUCUCCCGGCAUCGUGGAUCUACAAAAAGAUGCCUAUCCGCCUGUCGAAGCUUGUAGCUCAGACCCUUAUUCAAAAUGGCAUAAUAGCGCCAACAGAUGUCUCCAGCUUACAGACCCAUCCUAUCCAUAUCGAAAACAUUCGCUGGGACCCCAUCACAAGUACCAGUUCUGCACAUAUCUCCGUCGCUGCAAACAUGGGCAGUGCAUUCAAGGACAUGUUCUAUAAUCCUUAUUCAGAGUACAAGCGCUCCAAUACCGAUUCCUCAAAAACCCACACCACAACUUCAACUCAAGUGGUAACAGCAGGCAAAAUGGCAGCAGCAUCGGCGAGAGGUUUCGGGAGGCUGAACAUGGCGUUCUUUAGAGGUUGUAUCGUCGACAUUCCGCUCGCGGCAGCAGAAGGCUUCCGCGCAGUGCCAAAGCUCUACGGCGAAACUGUAAUGGAUCACGGCAAGGUGAAAGACGUUAAGAGUGGAUUUGAUGUUGCAGGAAGGAAUUUUGCGCAUGGCAUGACUGACGGGUUCACAGGCCUGUUCAUGCAACCCUACAAUGAGGCAAAGAGGGAAGGUGCUCUCGGUUUUGCUAAAGGUUUAGGCAAGGGAACGGUGGGGUUUGUAACGAAGACUGCAUCCGCCACUUUGGGGAUCGUGGCAUACCCUGGACAAGGUAUAACAAAGAGUAUACGGCACGCUGCAAGGAGUGAGACAAGGAAAAGGAUCAGAGACAGGAAGAACAGCGAAGGGGAGUAUCUCACACGACAGCCUGGGACGGGGAAGGAUGCAGUUGGGCUGAUCAACGCCUUCAAGCUACUGGUCGGUGAAAUACCAACGUGAUAACAUUUUACAUGAUUCGACGCGAUAGAUAGGUAGCAAGCGGUUUACUGCUCUCAGGAGCUCUAGAGACAGAUGUGUUGCUAUACAUGUACUUGAAGGGGUCUAUCGUCAAUAACAAUAAUUGUCGCUAGAGCAGA